UAGGGGGUAGGGAUUGCUUCACAUCCCCAUCCCGAUCCCCUCCCAUCCUUACCAGGGAGACCCGGGAAAGCCAUGAGGGGGGCGAGGAUUCGCUUGGCCUCGCUUCACCUCACCGGCCGCCGUCGGUGAACCCCCAAAAUGGUGCGCUACUCCCUGGACCCAGAGAACCCCACGAAAUCAUGCAAGUCCCGGGGAUCCAACCUGCGGGUGCACUUCAAGAACACCCGUGAGACUGCCCAGGCCAUCAAGGGUAUGCACAUCCGCAAGGCCACCAAGUACCUGAAGGAUGUCACCCUGAAGAAGCAGUGCGUCCCCUUCCGACGCUACAACGGUGGCGUUGGGCGCUGUGCCCAGGCCAAGCAGUGGGGCUGGACCCAGGGCCGGUGGCCCAAGAAAAGCGCCGAGUUCUUGCUGCACAUGCUGAAGAACGCGGAGAGCAACGCUGAGCUGAAGGGUCUGGAUGUGGAUUCCCUGGUGAUCGAGCACAUCCAGGUGAACAAAGCUCCCAAGAUGCGCCGCAGAACCUACAGAGCCCACGGCCGCAUCAACCCCUACAUGAGCUCCCCCUGCCACAUCGAGAUGAUCCUCACUGAAAAGGAGCAGAUUGUCCCCAAGCCAGAGGAGGAAGUUGCUCAAAAGAAAAAGAUCUCCCAGAAGAAGCUGAAGAAGCAGAAGCUGAUGGCUCGGGAGUAAAAAGUGUAUCAAAUAAAACCAAAAAAGAGUUGGGA